CCCUUCAACUUUUCCAUAUUUGGUCAUAUUGCAACUACAAAUAUUAACACAUUUCAUUGGAAUUUAAUGUGAAAGAUCAACAGUAUGAAGAUUAUACAAAUCAAAACAUUUUGUGCAAAUAUUUAGUUUCCAGCUUAGGGGAGAGGGGAACUAACUGGUUGACCUCAGAAAAGGGGGCUGAAUAUGUUUGCACAUGGCACUUUUCAGUUUUUUAUUUAUAAAAAUAUUUUGAAUCAUGAAUCAAUUUCUUUCUACUUUCCAAUUGUGAACCAGUCAGUGUUGAUCUUUCACAUUCCAAUGAAAUAAAUGGAUCUGAUUUUGGUUCCUCAUGCUUCAGUCUGACCAGCAGGGGGCGCUGCAGCUGGAUAAGCUCCUGUGUAUGGUUCCUUUAACUUCCCCCUCCUCAUCUGUCUCAUGUCCCCUGUUGACCUUUGACAUAAAAGGCUAUGUCGGCACGGCAACGGCUGACGUCCCUGAGUCUAAAAACAGCCUGAGACUCAGAGAGCAGCUGACUGCUCCGAGUCUGCCGACGGUUUCACCGUCCGCAUGACUCAUCCUCUCUCUGGGACUCGUCUUCUCUCUGGGACUCGUCUUCUCUCUGGGACUCGUCUUCUCUCUGGGACUCGUCUUCUCUCUCGGACUCGUCUUCUCUCUGGGACUCGUCCCGGUCAUGGACAGUCUGGAGAAGCAGCUGGUGUGUCCCAUCUGUCUGGAGAUGUUUUCCAAGCCGGUGGUCAUCCUGCCGUGUCAGCACAACCUGUGCAGGAAAUGCGCCAACGACGUGUUCCAGGCAUCCAAUCCCUACCUGUCCAGCAGGACUGGUUCCACAGUGACAUCAGGCGGACGGUUCCGCUGCCCGUCCUGCAGGCACGAGGUGGUUCUGGACCGGCACGGCGUCUACGGGCUGCAGAGGAACCUGCUGGUGGAGAACAUCAUCGACAUGUACAAGCAGGGCAGCAGCAGUAAGCCGGAACCCGAGAAGAAGCAAGAGCCGAUGUGUGAGGAGCAUCCGGACGAGAAGAUCAACAUUUACUGCAUCACCUGCAGCACCCCCACCUGUUCACUCUGCAAAGUGUUCGGACAACACAGAGACUGCCAGGUGGCGCCGCUGAGCCACGUCUUCGCCAGCCAGAAGGUACCACAGGGUGUGUUGAGGUGUGUUGAGCAAGUCCCGCCCCUUCACACAAAGAGCCCCGCCCCCUCAUCUUCAGCCCCACCAGCCCCGCCCCCUACGCCUCUCCCCACGACUAGCUCUGCCCCUCAGACAGAUCACCAGAGCGAGUCAGAGGACAAAGAUGGACCCAAACACGUCUUCUCCUUCAGCUGGCUCAACCAGAAAUAACAGAUCUGGGGCCUGGAGGAGCUGGAGGUCCUGGAGGACCUGGAGAUCCUGGAGGACCUGGAGAUCCUGCAGGACCUGGAUCAGACUUGUUGUCUCGGUUCAUAACUUGUUCUUGUGUUUCUGGUGUGUUAGAAGCAAAGGAACUUUCCUGAACCCAUCUGGUUCUGUAGAACCGGGUCAUGUUGAUGUCUUGUGUUAAAGUUAAAUAAAAGUUUUAUCAUCUGA